GAGGGAGAGGUGAAGUGUGGUUUUCCUCAACCAAGGUUGUUUUCUUUCUUUGGGUUCUCAUAGCUGCUGUCUCCUUCAUGCUGCUUUAAGAGACCACCCAUUCUCAACUUUCCUCUGCAAACUAUGCUCCUCAUCAGCUACUGUUUGGCAUGUUCCUAUAAAGUCCAUUUAUAGUGCCUUCUGUUUUCUCCAUCGCCUUUAGCUUGAAGAGAAACGAAUGGGUUCUGCAUCUGGAGAGGAAGGGUGCAGGGCUGCUAGUGUCGAGCGGGGUUGGGGGUUUCAGAGCCCAAAGGAGGGGCUGGAGCAUCAUAAGAGCUCGCAGCAGCAUCACAGGGUUUGUGUCAGGGGUCAUUGGAGGCCAGCUGAGGAUGCCAAGCUGAAGCAGUUGGUCUACCAAUAUGGACCUCAAAACUGGAACCUCAUAGCUGAGAAGUUGCAAGGCAGAUCAGGGAAGAGCUGCAGGCUAAGAUGGUUCAAUCAACUGGACCCAAGAAUCAACAGAAGGGCGUUCAGCGAGGGAGAAGAGGAGAGGCUUCUCGCAGCGCACAGGGUGUAUGGCAACAAGUGGGCACUGAUUGCCAAGCUAUUCCCUGGAAGAACAGACAAUGCAGUCAAGAAUCACUGGCACGUCAUCACGGCCAGGAGGCAAAGGGAUAAGUCCUCCAAUGGCGGCUGCUGCUACAGGAGGACGAGGCACCUCAUCUCCAAUCUUUCUUCCCCAUCACCAUCAUCUUCUCACCAGGCCCAAACCAUCCUCGGGAAGAACACGGAGGCGGUUCCCAACUCAAGCAGUGGGGAAUCCACCAUCAACGCCAACCCCUUCCACUUCAGAUGCGGCUCUCGCCGCACACACCGCCAUGAUCUCCUGAAUGGAUACGGAAAAAGGGCGUUGGGUGCAGGGAAUCAAUGCGACCAGAAGACUGCAGAGUGUGGCAGGAGACUCAUCAACUCGCUGCCUGGUUUGGCUCAGUCGGCUGCUUGCUCUGCAAACCCUGAAACCAGUUCAGUAAAUGAAAACCGUGCUCGAUUGCAUGGCGAAACGAGUUACGCAAGGGAUGAGAUGAAGUUGCCCUUCAUUGAUUUCCUUGGUGUCGGUGCAACAUAGGAAAAUGGGUCGUGUAUAGAAAUCAAUGGCGAGAUAGAGAGAGAUUUGGAAAAGUGACAAGAGAGAUGAUGAAUGGAAAGUAAAACUUUUGCUGCAACUAUUUUGAUCUUUUGGAUCUUCAAUUAAUAUAUUGUUUGGCCUUA